UUUGAUUCAUCAUUUGAUGUGGUUGAAUGUGAUUGUAACAAAGCUUCUUCAAAUAUGGAGGUAGUUGUAUCUUGACUGUUUUCUGUCUUUGGUACUUUCAUUAUCUAUAUCUUUUUUUAUUUUUCGCUUUCUUUCUGAAUUUGAUGUUUCUUGUGCUUCUUUUACUGCCGCCCUUUCUUCUGCUUUGAUGUAUCCUUCUGUCCUUCUUAAGAGAUCAUUAAGGCUAGUGGGUUCUCGCUUGUUUAGAGAUCUAUAGAAACUUGAGUCUUUAAGUCUGUCCAUUAGAGCAUGCAUUGCCACGCUUUGGUCCAAUCGUUCUACUUGCACAGCUUCGUUGUGAAAUCUUGCUAUGUAGGCUCUUAGUGACUCUCCUAUUUUUUGUUUAAUUGUUAGGAGAUGAUGGUCUGGAUAGAUUUUUCUGGUAAUGUUGCAAACCAAGCCUGCACAGCUUUCCUGAAAGUUGCUGGGAACUGCUUGCAUAAUAGGGCAUUCGAGGCUCCAUAUACCAUCAUUGCCAUUCUAUAUCCUUGCACGUGCUCCACUGGGUCUUGAGUUCCAUCGUACUCAGCUAGCUGCGGAGUUUUGAAGUUUGAUGGCACAGGUUCCCUGAUGAUGUCGUCUAUAAAGGCUUUUUCUAUUGAAGCUGUGUGUGAUGGUUCUACAUACCUCUGCCUGCCUGCUUCUAUUUUUGCCAGAUGUUGUUGCAACACCUCAAUUUCUUUGUAAACACCAUCAUCAUGAAACUGUGUUUGUGUCUUUUGUGGACCUGCUGCAGUGAGUGUGGCUUCUUGGAUUUGUUGGCUAGCCUUCCUUUGGUUUGAAUGUGUACGAGGUAUCAUGUUUUUACUCCGAAAAUUGUAUUGAGUGAAAGCUGAGGAUGGUUGUAAGCUCGUGUCGAUUGUCAACUCUGUCGAUCUUGAAGUAUCUCUUGGAUUCGUGCUUGAUGAAGAGGAGUUGCUCAUUCUGGCUUUGCUUCUGGAAUCUGGGGUGCUUCUACUAGGAGGUGAUGAAUUUUCUGAAUUUUCCAUGUGGUAUUCGUGGAUCAAAAAGAACUCGACCCCACGGUGGGCGCCAAAUGUUAAUCGUAAAAAUAGAGUAGAUGGUGUGAGACCAAGAUCUUUAUUGAUAGAGAGUGUUUACAAUAGAGGGAGAAUGAUAGUGGAAAAUAAUCUACCUCCUUAGGUUGAUCCUAGAGGUAUUUAUAGGAUGCUUAGAUACAGUUAUUCUAGGAAUAUAAUUUUAUUUAAUUGGUAUUUGGGUAUUCUUAUCAUAUCAGGAUUUAUUCUAUCCUUAUAUUGAUAGGAUUGUCUCUAUAUUGUCUACACGUGUCCUAAUUAUUAUAGGACUUACUUUUAGGGUAUAACAAGAAUCAUAGUGGCCGGAGCUGAAGUAAAAUAUGUGAGACGGGGUCAUUGUGGCGGUAGCCGAAGCGAAACGUGUGACACUGGUAAAACGUGUGACACCGGGUCACUGUGGCCGUAGCCGAAGUAAAAUGUGUGACACCGGGUCACUGUGGCCGGAGUCGAAGUAAAAGGUGUGACACUAGGUCACUAUGGCCGUAGUCGAAGUAAAAUGUGUGACACUAGGUCAUUGUGGCCGGAGCCGAAGUAAAAGGUGUGACACUGGGCCACUGUGACCGAAGCCGAAGUAAAAGGUGUGACACUGGGUCACUGUGGCCGAAGCCGAAGUAAAAGGUGUGACAUUGGGUCACUGUGGCCGGAGUCGUCAAGUCGGUUGCCGAAGUAAAACACUUGCCAAAAUUUAAAAUGUACAAAAGUGGAAUAGUGUUGAAAUGGGCUUAAGUGGGCCUGUCUGAGAAGUCUGACCAAGACGCGGUACGUGACGCGACAGUUAUCCUCUGAAUGACGUGUGUAAUAAAUGUCGCUGUAAAAGAUAACUGCAACAGUCCAAUGGACAGAUUUGAAAAGCGAACCGUCGAAUUCGAAACGGUGUCGUUUAAUUGUUAACCGUCGAAUUCGAAACGGUGUCUCUGCAGCCGUUAGAUUGAGUUAAUCACGGCCGUUGGGGCGUAUUUUGCCCUUGAAAUUGAGAUGUCUUCGGAAGAGGCCAUGAGUGUAGUGGGGAGCGAAGUGAUGCCCCUGGAUUACGGUAGUAUGGAUUCGGAGAGUAGUCCGUCUCCAACUAGUUCGGAGAGGACGGUGGAGGAGAGGAGGGAUCAUAGGGUGGUAGAAGAGGGAGAAGAUGAGAUUCCCUCCAACAUUUUAGAGGCUGGGAAUAGGGGAGAUGGGUGUUAUGACCCGGAUUUAGAUAUAGUAUCUGAGGCUGGGGGUAGGGGGGAGAAGGGGUGGUACUACUUCGGCCCUUGGUCGUCCAGUAAAGGGAAUAGAAGUUUAUUCUCUACUGGACCGUCAUCCAUCAAAGGGUGGAAAGAAAAAUUCUUCUUUGUGGAUGACACCGAGUGGAGUAGGAGGGAUGCCGAAGUGGAACAGUUGUUUGUUUGGAAAGCGAAGAAAACCAAGCAAAACAACUAUAAGUUGAAUGAGGAUGAGGUGGAGGAGGUGGAGAAGCUAGUGAGGGAAGAUGGAGACGUAGUGGAUAUUUUGUACCUCACCAGUCCGAAGGCAAUAGAGGCUGCUGAGCUCUAUGGGCUAAGCUCAUUGAGCGAAGCUGAGAUGGACGAGUUCAUUAAUGCGACUAGGGGCCUGCACAUCCCAAAGAAGCCAAGGAAGAAGUCAAAGACUUCAACUGCGGCGGAGAAGGGGGUGGCAGAGAGGGGGCGACUGUCCAGCACUUUUGCCCGGGCUGUGGAGGUGCAGUCAAGGCCGGAGCCUGUGAUGGGGGGUAGCGAGGAUGGAGAGGGAAGAGGUCGAGGUGCGAGGCCUUGGUGGGGGCAAGGAGCGCAUCCCUCCUCACGCGUACUAGAAGAGUUUGAGGCGACAAACACGACUGGGGCAAAGCACUUCCUCAACUCUACUCUUCCUGAGGUGGAUAGGGUGCAGGCGAAGGACGAAGUGGUUAGCCAUCUGGGGUAUACCGUUGUGUGGCACGCCCUAGAGAGUGCGAGCUGGACAAACGCUCUAGCACAGGAGUAUGCAGAGAGUAAGGAGAAGGGGGAAUGGGAGAAGGAGAAGGAGAAGAGGGAGAUGCAGAGGAGGCUGGAUGAAGUUCUCCCUUCAGUGACCGAGCUCCAGAACGAGAAUGAUGUCUUGAGCACGAAGCUUGUCCUCGAAGAACGUAAGAGGAAGAUCUGUGAGGAGAAGCUCGAGGCUCAGGACAAAUACAUUGACAACAUGAGCAAAGGAGCAGCGGAGCUGAAGAAGAACGUGAACCUGCUGGUUCACAACGGGAUGGAGGAGCACAUUGGCAACUUCCUCAACUCCAGCACCUUCGAGAACAUCCUCAAACUCUACUGGCUGCCAACUGCAAUCGUGGUCUUCACCGACUGUAGAAAGAAGGUGAACGCCCAGUACCCAGAGAUCACGUUGAGGUGGGAGCGUGAUGCAGAGGGGCUCACUAUUUUUCCUCCAGCCUUUGACGUUGAGUUGGUGGCCGUGGAGGAAGAAGAAGGAGAAGAAGAAGCGCAAGGCGUCGGAGUUGAGGAUCAGGCAGCUCUAGCCGAAGUGCAGCCUCCUGAGGUGCAUCCAGUCUCGUCUGACGAAGUGCAGACGUUGGCCCCUCCUGAAGCAGAAGUGCCACCUCAGCCUGCUGAAGACGAGCCCAGAUCACCCACCUCUUCUUGCUGAGGAGCAGCCUCCUCCUCCAGUAGUUUAGGAUUUUUUGUGUUAUUGGUGUAAAUAACAUUUUUGUAUUUGAGAUUAAUGUAUAAAAUUUUUGAAUUUAUUAUUUAUCUAGUGUUCGAUUUUUGAUUGAUGUUUUUCUUUGAGGAACUCUUUUUGGAUAAAAUAAGUUAAUCUGA